AUAUGUAUAACCAUAAAAAGAAAAAUAUUCGCCAACUUGGUCUGAAGGAUCAUCAUCUCAUAACACCACCGCCCCAUAAUCUUCCAGCUUAUAAGGAGCAUAGAUAGCCAUCACUACUUUGCCAAACCAUCGAUCGAUAUCACUUCUUAUGAAUAAUAUCUUCUCUUACAUUAUUACUUAUAUUCUUACCAUUUAUCAUAUUCAGACAGCUACCCAACUCUGCUCUUAACUUUUCUUUUCUAGCCACCACCCUUUAGAUCUUAUAUACAUAUAUAUAUAUAUAUAUCACUCUUUUUCUUCUCUGAAGUACUAUAUAUAAACAUCCACACUCACAGCUUAUAAAUUAAUAAUAAUAAUGUCAUCAUCUGCAGGGUCAUCAUCAUUCUGUCAUGCUUGGACGUCUAAGCAAAACAAGCAAUUUGAAAAGGCUUUAGCUGUGUAUGACAAGGACACCCCUGACCGAUGGCAAAAUGUGGCCAAAGCAGUGGGUGGGAAGACUCCAGACGAAGUCAAGAGACACUACGAAAUCCUUGUGCAGGACCUCCUCAAAAUUGAAUCUGACCAAUUCCCUACACCCAAUUACAGAGGCUCUGUCUCUGCCUGCAACCACCUUAGAGGAUUUCCUAAUGAUCAUAAUAAUGAUCAACACAGGCGAAUGAGGAAUCUUAAGCUCUGAGCAUUUGGCUAUUGGGUACGUGAUCAGAAAAAAAAAAAAGAAAUAUAUUAUAUAAUGUAAUGCACCAAGGUAUUAACUGGUUAUGGUUAAGUUGUCUUUCCUUCCCUUUAGUACUCACAAGUGUUAAUAUAUUUAUUAUAUAUGAAAACAAAUAUAUAUUU